GUUAGGAAACCCGGAAAACUUCAAAGGAUAGGCCUAUUGUUUGGGUUUUGAUGUUGAACCAUACCAUCACGUGACCCUGACCGUGCACACAUUUCAAACAAAAUGGCGGACGACCAUAACAAUUUUGUAUUUGGAGGAGAUUUAGAAGCAAUCCUUGAUGCUUUAGAGGCCGACGAAGACAUAGAACAGGAAUUUAUGGAAGCUGUAGAUGAUGUAGAAAAGAUCGAAGUUGUUUGCGAACUUUGUGCUAAAAAGUGCAAAAGCAAGCGUGGUCUAAAAAGACAUAAGACAAUGAAACACAAGGAAUUAAUCGAGGAACCAGUUGUCCAAAACUCAGUGGAAACUUCCGUCGGAGAAACAAUCAGAGCUGCAGACAAAUCGCUAACAACAGAUGACCUGGUAGUUAUGGUUGAACAAGUGAAGUUAAAACUCUCUAAUACCAUGGUCUAUCAAGAAAAUAUUAGAGAAGAGUUAAAGGCAUAUACUUUCGUAAGGCCUAGAGAAGAUUCGAAAGAACUUGGAGUUUUAAAAGAAGCCUACGAUGGAUUGCUGAAAAAUGGGAAUCAUGAAAAGUUUUACAGCAAGUACUACUCACAAAUUCCCUUACAUGCUGUCAAGUAUUUUCCAGGGCUGUCAAGAAAUGCAGCAACAUUGCUGUGCACUAAGCUUGCUGAUAGAAUGGUGUCAUUCAGUAGAGAAAAGUUAUUGUCUACUGUAAAGGGAAAUCAGGUUAAGUUAUCUUUACCUGAGAAAGAAUUGGCUGGUCUGCAAUAUCUAGGAGGCUAUGUUUUACAUAAUCUGCACAACAAAAUAGCAAAAUCAAAGAAAAGUGAACUUUCUGAGAGCCAGCAAGCCAUGUCCUUUUUAAAAGCAGGAAAAGCAGUCAACCAAACUGAAAAAAUCUCUCUAACUUUGACAGCAUCUUUGGAUCGUGGAGGUUUAUGGACUAUUUCAGGUGAUGCUCAGAAAAUUUUCUUGAGAACAGAGCAUUAUUUUAGAGUUAAUACUUCGAAUACUGGAUUACAAAGCAUCAACAUAGCUGAAAUAGUGGAUAAAUGUUUUCAUGAUGAGGAAAUCCUAUCUAGUUGUAACUCAUUAUUAUACAACUCUCAACUGAAAGUAGAUAAGAAGGUUGUAAAGGAUGUUCUCCAUAGCAUUUUAGGCUUAUAUUUAAGGGUUCGAUCAUUCUCUUUUGCUAAAGACAUAAUUCAAAAACAUGAGAUAAAGACAAAGCAGAACAAGGCAAAAGGCCUCAGAAAGGAAAUUAAGAGGAGUACCCAAGAACAGGACAUGCCAAGAGGUCCUUGAGAGUAUACAAAAUACUCCCCACCCUUGUUUAGAUUAGAAAGAUUAGAAAUGGUUUUUCAUUUAAGAAAACUAUUUAAUGUUAUUUUCAAAUACUUCUGAUACUUACAUUUUCACAUUGCCAAUGACAAGUAAUUCAUAGCACAAUUUCAAUUCUAAAUUGAUAUUAAAUAUUUCAUUCUUGAACAAAACUAUACCUGUUUUGUAAUGUCUCUUAAGAAUCUUGUCUAUGUUAUAUUUCUGAAUUAUUAUUCCUAAGAUAAGACAGUUUUCAAUUUAACCUAUGAAAGAAAAAGAACUUUUCUUGCCCUGAUG